UGUUAGUGUUUUGAUUGUGUUCAUUGCUGAUACAUGUAGGAAAUAACUUGAAAUGUAAAGAUAAAAAGAAAUUCAUGAAUGAAGAGGCAAGAGAAAUGGAAAGGACAAGUAAGGAAGAGGGGGAUUUCAGGCCCAGAAAAGUUGAGUGGUCAGAAGUCAGGUCUAGUGAGGUUGAGGGGUCAGAGGUCAGGCCUGGUGAAGUUGAGGGGUCAGAGGUCAGGCCCGGUGAAGUUGAGGGGUCAGAGGCCCUGCCAAUAAAACCCAGCAGUGCCAGCAGUACGAGUAUAGCCUCUAGUUACUUCAACAACAAAAUCCCCAUACCAGAGGAUGAAGAGCAUCCAGUUUUCAGCUUUAGAAAACUCUGGGCCUUCACUGGUCCAGGGUUCCUUAUGAGUAUUGCCUAUCUGGAUCCGGGAAAUAUCGAGUCGGAUCUCCGGUCCGGAUCUGUCGCUCAGUUCAAGUUGCUAUGGAUACUGAUGUCGGCCACGUUUCUGGGUCUCCUGAUGCAGAGGCUGUCGGCGCGCCUGGGGGUGGUGACAGGAAUGCACCUGGCUGAGGUCUGCUACAGAAGCUAUCCCAGGGUUCCACGCUUUGUGCUGUGGUUCAUGGUGGAAAUAGCUAUCAUUGGAUGGGAUAUGCAGGAAGUGAUUGGAACAGCUAUAGCAUUUUACCUGUUAUCCGAUGGAAAGAUACCUUUGUAUGCGGGCGUGCUGAUCACUAUCGCGCACCUUUUCCCUUUCCCUUUUCCUGGACAAUAUGUAAUGGUUAAGCCUGAUCAGCCCGCCCUACUUAGGGGGAUGUUUAUUCCGUACUGUGAGGAUUGCGGGCCGGAGCAGGUUCUUCAGGCCGUGGGGAUUAUAGGAGCCAUCAUCAUGCCUCACAACAUCUACCUCCAUUCUGCCCUCGUCAAG